AUGUCAGGCAGCAGAUACUCCCCGGUCCUUGAGACCAGUCGUAUCUUUUCCGACCUCUGUGAGCAAUCAGAGCGCUUCAAUUUGCCACCUGAUGUGCUUGAGAACAAGGACCGUGUCUCCUUUUCCACCAGCCACAAUGAAAUCUACUUUCCCAUUCCGUUCAAGGAAACCGAAACUCUCGCCGCGUUGAAGGGUAUCGAGGGUUCUGUGGCUGCCUCGAUUGCAGAUCUGCGCUUUGGUGCUGGCGCGCAACCUCGUGGCGUCCAGGUCAGCCUGGAGGCUGCGACUGCUUUCGGAUGUCAAGCAUACAUGGCCAAAGUAGAUGGCCUGUCCAAACUGGACCCCAACGUGAAAUCAAAGCUCAAGAAUACCGACUUGUUGGCUGCUCAGUCAAACGGUUACCGACGUAUGUCGGCCAAUCUGUACAAGACCAAAAACCCCGGAGAGUUCUUCCAUAUUCAUGGGUCUUUGGAAGCAACGACUACCUUGAACAUGAUCGGUUUGGAGGGUCAGCGACCCGAUCUGACUGACUACGAAGAAAUCAUCAAGGUUAUUGAGGAUAAGACACAGCGAUACACAGCUGCGGAGCUGGAAGAAAUGAACAAGGAGAGACGCCAGGCUGGUGUCACUGCUUACAAAUAUGAAGAUUUUAUCAAGACUCCCCAUGGAAAACUUAAUGUCGAAGAACCUGCUUGGAAAGUCAGCAAGCUUUCAGGUGAUCUCCCCCCGACACCGUUCCCAGCCACCCGUAAUGGCAGCAAGAAGAUCCUUGAGGGCGUCAAGGUCCUGGAAAUGUGCCGUAUCAUUGCAGGACCUACUGUUACCCGCAUCUUGGCCGAGUAUGGUGCCGAUGUCCUAAAGAUCACCAGCCCCAGUCUUUCAGAUGUUCCUUUCUUCCAAGUCGACGGUAAUAUGGGAAAGCACGCCGCUGACCUCGAUCUGAAGAGCGAAGCUGGACGUAAAGAGUUUGAAAAGCUCUUAGAUGAUGUCGAUGUCAUCGUGGAUGGAUACCGCCCGGGAGCCCUAGACAAGCUCGGUUACGGAGCUGAGGCCAUGGCCGCUCUGGCCCAAAAGCGUGGAAAGGGCAUCGUUUACGUGAAUGAGAACUGCUUCGGAUACGAAGGCGAGUGGGCUGGCCGUGCGGGAUGGCAGCAGAUUGCAGACUGUGUUACCGGAAUUGCCUGGGCUCAAGGCCAAUUCAUGGGUCACUCCACCCCUGUCGUUCCUCCUUUCCCUAUCUCUGACUACGGCACUGGCUGCAUGGGCGCCAUCGCCGCGCUAACGGGUCUGUACCACCGUGCCAAGACCGGUGGAUCAUACCACGGCAAAGCCUCGCUGAUGCACUAUGACCUCCUUCUCUUCGCUAUGGGCCAAUACCCAGCCGAUGUGCAGGAGGAGCUUCGCAGGGUGCAAAGCGCCGACUUCUUCAAGCUGCGCCACUGUGAUAGCGUCGACCGCAUCUCGUCCACUGUUCUAAAGAGUAUGCAGCAGCGGUUCCCGCACUUGUACAGGCCCGCUGGAGAAGAGUCGGAAGGCUGCAAGCCCCUGACUGAGCUUUGGUCAUCGCGCGCUUAUGGCGCGGAUGUUGAGAUCGUGAAGCCUGUUGCUAUUGUUGAGGGUGUGGACAAUCAAUUUAUUCGUGCCAGUCGUCCUAAUGGGUCUGAUCGGGCUACGUGGGAGGACUUCAAUGUUGCUGAGGGGGAUGCGAAGAAGUGUUAG